AUGUCGCAAUUCAAAUUCGUCAACUCGAAUGAUCCAGUGCCAGGCGACGGCACCCCUCCUGCCCAAUUCAUCAUUAAUGCCCCAGCCUCAACAGACAUCUGGGACAAGCCCCCUUCCACGAGCCGCUUCUCAGCCCCGGUCCUGUACCAAUCCAUCCCGCUGAAAUCGUUCAAACGAGCUCGUGUGGCAUUCAACGCUCUUUGGGAGAAACAAUAUGAUCAGGCUGGUCUGAUCCUUGUCCUCAACACUGUCAAUGGUGGCAAGAAGUGGGUGAAGAGUGGCAUUGAGCUCACCCAUGGCAGACCUCACCUGAGCACCGUCGCUAAAGACAACUGGGCGGACUGGAGCUUGCAGGCUGUGCCUUCUGGGGGUGGCGCAGCGACCCUUGAGAUGGUGAGAGAACAGGACAACAGUCUGUGGAUCUAUUUGGUGGAGGGUCUGCAGAAGUCACCGCUUCGGGAAGUCACUUGGGUCUUUGAGGAAAAAGGUGUCCAGGACCUCUGGGUUGGUGUGUAUGCCGCUCGGCCUUCUAGCGAGGGUGGACUGCUUCCUGUCAACUUUGGACAUUUGAUUAUAGAUCAAGCAUGA